AUGGAGGUCCAUUUGUCCCGAGAGACAGAGAGAGCCUGUGCUAGGCACAUCUAUCCAUCGGAAAGCUUUGUCCACGAGCGCGAACAGGAGCUCUUCAAGUAUUUGUCUCGAGCUUUGCACGCGGCGUCGGAACAGGCGGCGGCCGACGACCGCUGCACGGAUGCAGCCGACGUCUGUCACGCGCUGCCGAGUUUCUUGGGCCUGCAGAAGGAUGCCAAUGCUGACCCGCGCAAGUGGGCACUUCCCGAUGGGGCAGAGGAACGACAAGCUUCGCUGGUGCAUUCUUUGGACAGGGGUGUCUUCGUGUCUGGACACCUGGAUGCAGGAGUACAGCUGACUAAACACGACAGACAGGCAUUCCUGGGCGAUUUGACUUGUACACAUGCCGAGACGCGGCACACGUCCAAAGCUGCAUCGGCCAAAGCACAACCUACGCUCCGUCGCUUCGAACCUGGGCCCAAGAGCGUCGAAUCCCCGACCUCGUCCCCACCAUCGUUUUCAAACUCUUCCUGGUCCGAGGUUUCUUCCCCGUUGCUGUCGCCCCUCCCUUCUCCGGCCGAGUCCCGUGCGCCCUCGCCCCGGAAGCGGCUGCUUUCAGGCGAUGAUGCGACGUCUUCCGCAAGCUUCAGCACUGCCGACACGAUUUGUAAGGUCGAGGUGGAGCUCGUAGAGGAACCGUCCGCACCCGUGCUGGGUUGGGCGAAAGUGUCAUCACCCUGCGCCUGGAUGGAGGUUGACCUGGACAACGAACUCGCACGAGCGAAGGACCACAACAACUGGUGGGCAAAGGCAAGGCCUUCAAAGCUGUCGGGCGAGUUCCGGCAAGCCACUUCCUGCAUUCGCGCGGAGCGGCGCCGCACCCUCGAGCGCUACGAGGCGGUGGGAGGACCCAGGAGCCCAAGAGGGGGAGAGUGA